AUGUUCAACAACACGCAAUAUGUGAACGAGGAGGGAAAUGCUAUAAAAUGCUUUCUCGUUAUUCCUGCGAGCAACGCAGAUCCGGAGCGUAGUUUUUCUACCGCCAACAGGCUCUCCAGAGGCGAACGCAGCAACCUGAAAACCGAGACCUUGGACGAUCUCAUGGUGAUACAUCGAAAUGGACCGAGUGUUCUCACUGUUAAACCCAGAAACUUAGUACAUCAAUGGACGAACCCGCGUCCCGGCUUAAAGCUGAAGCCUCACUUGCCUUCCUCAACUGAGAGGCAGGGUAGUCUCAUGAAGGAAAUAAAGGACUCCUUAUGGCGAGAUGAUAAACACAAGCUCGUGGAUCUUUAUGCCACACAUUCAAUGUCGGUACAAGGAUCAAGUGAAAGUGAAGCCGCCGACGCGCAACAUCAGUCAAAAAAAGACCAAGAAAUGUCAAGAGCAAUGAUUUUUUCUUCGGGCAUAUUCCAUGAUCCCGAUGAAGACAAACAAUAA